AGUAAACAAUAGUCGGUAAAGAUAUUUCUUUUUGAUUAUUUUCGACGAUUCUAUAAACAGUCGACUUCUCGUUAUGUUGAUCGAUAGUAGGAAAAAUGGCGCCUGCCACGGGGGACUUAACCGAUGUGCAGAAAAAGAUUUUUGAAAAAAUCAGCAAGAAUGAGGUAUCAGAACUUAAAACAUUGUUAGCGGCGAACAAAGUUAAAAUGGAUUUUGUGGACGAAAAUGGUAUGAGUCCACUCCAACAUGCCUGUUACAAAGGGAACAAGGAAAUAGUGCAGAUGCUUCUCGAUCAGGGAGCAGAUGUAAAUGCUUGCCAACACGAGCAUGCAUAUACAGCUCUCCACUUUGCAGCUUUAAGUGGAAAUGCUGAACUUUGUCAUCUUCUAAUGUCUUAUGGAGCAAGAUUAACAGCUACAAACAGCGUGGGACGAACUCCAGCUCAGAUGGCUGCCUUUGUGGGCAAUCAUAGUUGCGUAGCAACUAUCAAUAACUUUAUUCCAAAGGCUGACGUAGAUUAUUACAUUAAACCACAAGGAUUGCAGACUGAGUCAAUGCUUCCACCACACUUAGCAGAUUCUUUUCAUAAAUUUAUUAUGCAAGUCAAUGUACAUCCAGUACGUGUAGUCAUGAAUCUACAAAGAUGUCCAGGACUGUUAGAAAAUGCUGCUAAGGUACAAAAGGUGUUAGAAUCUAUGCGCCAUAAGGUAAUGACUAGAGGUUCAGAAACAAAUGAAAUAAUGGCAUUCAAGUACCACUACUUAAGUUGCGUUGUAGCUGAGGUAAUCAAAUUCCAAAAGAGGCAAGAAGCAAUGAAAGCAGAAAAAACAGAAAAAAUAAGCGAAGAAGGGGAAGAAAAGAAAUCAGAUACUAUAGAGGUUCUAAUAAGGAAAUUCUUAAAGUGUAGCAGAACUGACGGUACCCCAGAGUACCAGGAAGCCUUCUUGCGAGAAACUGUACGAGAAUUUCCAUACAGAGAGAGCACAAUCUUUCGUCAAAUGGUAGCAACCCUUGCAGCCAGUGAUCCACCAUCUGCUGUGUCGGUAGUAUCAGCAGCAAUUAAUGGACAGAGAGCCUUCUCUGACAAUGCACAAGUUUGCGUAACAUGCGGGGAGGAUAAAGCAAACAAAAAAUGCAGCAAAUGUAAAACUGUGCAAUAUUGUGACAGAGAGUGUCAGAGACUGCACUGGUUUAUGCACAAAAAGGCAUGCACCAGAUUAGGUUUAACCUCAGCACCGAGUGCAAAAAUGAGCGAUGCAGAUAGAGAACAAAUAAGCAGCGCUGUAGGCUUCAGAUUUCAAAACCUAAGUGUUAAUUAA